AUGCCUCUUAAUCGGGACGAUGACUAUCCAAAUCAUUCAAAGCGAUAUAGGCCCGAAGCUGACAACGAGGAGGAGGUCGGAGCAUCGACGUUUGCGCAGGAACUCAUGAUGGUUGCCUCGGAUGAAACAAGUGAUGCCGAUGAUGAUGAUGAUGGUGGUGAUGACAGUACCUGGUCAAGACCCGCGCUUCCACCUGUAAAUGCGGCGAAUGACAAAAUACUCUUCCAGUUAUUCCACCUUGACUUCUACGAGGGUGACAGAUUGCUUGAAAUGCCAGGGCCAGAACGCAGCCCUGUUCCAAUUAUCCGUAUUUACGGUGCCACGGAGAGUGGAAACAGCGUGGUAGCCCACGUUCACGGCUUCGCGCCCUACUUUUACGCGUCCGCGCCGCCAAGCCUCACGCCGGAGCACCUUGAGAAGUUCCGUCGAGCACUCAAUCUGGCUCUUCACCGUGAGCUCAGGGAAGAUGGGACUAGGGGGCUUCAAUACUUAGUCGUGGCGGUGGCGUUGGAAGAGAAGGAAACCAUCGUCGGAUUUCACAACCAAGUCAAAUCCAAGUUCAUUCGAAUCACCCUAGCGCUUCCCAAAUUCGUGCCUACCGCAAGACGCCUUUUGGAAGGUGGUUUCAUUUUCAGUGCCGCCCAAACACACUCGUACGCCGUUUUCGAGGCUAAUGUCGAUUUUGUGACUCGAUUCAUGGUCGAUGCUGAUCUGACUGGAGGCUCCUGGAUUGAGCUACCCGCUACCAAGUACCUUGUUCGUCGUUUACCGCCGUCGCGAAAAACCACGUGUCAGUUGGAGGUCGACGUGGCGUACAAUGAUGUGUCGACCCACGCCACCAGCGGCGAAUGGUCCAAAAUUGCACCAAUCAGAGUCCUCAGCUUCGACAUCCUGUGUGCCAGUCAAAAUGGUGACUCUCCUAUUCCGGAGCACGAUGCUGUCAUCCAGAUCGCGAGCGUGGUGAAAAAUUAUGGCGAGUCUAGACCGUUCAUUCGAAAUGUGUUCACUCUUGGCAGUUGUAUACCCGUUUUUGGCUCGGACGUCAUUUGCUGUGCUACUGAAGCGGAGAUGCUUAAGAAAUGGGCGUCUUUUGUGCGAAAGACUGAUCCAGACUUGAUAACGGGCUACGGCAUACAUAAAUUUGACUUGCCCUAUCUGGUGGAUCGGUGCACUCACCUCGGGAUUUCAUCAUCCCUUUGUCUGGGUCGCGUAAUCGGAUCAGCGUCGAUUCUUGGGGAGAACAGAGCCGUCUCCAUCGACGGACGCAUUCAAUACGACUUGUCAAAGGUAGUUCUCAGAGACCACAGGCUGCGAAGCUACACUUUGAAUGCAGUUAGCUUCCAUUUUUUGCAAGAACAGACGGAAUACAUACCACCAAGGGCUGUCACUGAUCUUCAAAAUGGCGACGAUCGAACCCGAAGACGUCUGGCUGCAUACUGCCUUAAAAACGCCCACCUCCCACUUCGCAUCUUCGACAAACUGCAGUCUUUCGUGAACGAUGUCGAAAUGUCCAGAAUCACUGGCGUUCGCUUCACCGAUCUUCUGGAACAAGGUCCACAGGCUAAGAUAUUUUCCCAGCUACUGCGAAUAGCCAGGGCAAGCGGCUUCGUGGUGCCCACUGUAAAGUCAAAUGGGAGAGACGAGUACACAGGAGCCACUGUCUUUGAACCCGUGUGCGGUUUCUACGACGAACCAAUCAUCACGCUGGACUUCUCCAGCUUUUACCCAAGCAUCAUAAUCGCGCAUAACCUCUGUUACACCACACUCCUGGCCCCUACACCUACCUCCGCGCAUACAGACGCUGCCAGUCUCCUCUCCGCGCACAACCUCAGUCCCGACGACUGCACAAGGACGCCCGCAGGCUGCUACUUCGUCAAGAAGCAUAUUCACGAGGGCCUGUUGCCACGCCUUCUGAGAGAGUUGCUGGCAGCCAGGCAAACAGCAAAGCGUGAGUUGGCUGUCGAAACCGACCCCUUUAAACGCCGCAUCCUGGACAGCCGACAACUGGCCCUAAAGACGUGUGCCAACUUCGUCUACGGCUUCACUGGCUCUCACCCUGGCGUUCUGCCGUGCCCACAAAUCGCGAGUUCUGUCACGGGUUUUGGCCGUGAGAUGUUGGAAAGCACGAAACGCUGGGUGGAGGAGACCGUCACCGUUGCAAACGGCCGCCAACACAAUGCCGAGGUAAUCUACGGUGACACGGAUUGCGUCAUGUGCAGAUUCGGCGUUUCAACGGUCGGCGAAGCCAUUGACGUUGGUCGUUUGGCUGCUGAGCUCAUUUCAGGCACAUUUUUGGAUCCAGUCAAAUUGGAAUUCCGGAAGGUCUACUUCCCGUUCCUGCUGCUGAGCAAGAAACACUAUGCGGGUCUCGCAUUCACAACGCCAGAUAAACACGACGAGCUGGACUGCAAGGGUAUUGAGACAGUUCAACGCGAUAGCCCGCCUCUCGUAGCCAACGUCGUGAACGCCUGCCUCACACAAAUCAUCAUCAAUCGGGACACUCAGGCUGCUCUCGACCAAGCACAACGCGCCAUCUCUGACUUGCUCGCCAACCGAGUAGACAUCGCCCAGCUGAUAAUCAACAAGAAGUUGACGAGACCCGUUGAGAGUUACUGCAACAAGCUGCCUCACGUGGAGGUUGUGAGGAGGAUGCUCCGACGCAACGCCGACUCGGUACCACAACCAGGUGAUCGCGUGUCCUAUGUUAUCACAGCCGGCAGGGGAAGGAACACUGCUCUCCACGUCAGGGCUGAAGAUCCCAUCUACGCGAUUCAACACCAAGUCCCCAUCAACACUGAAUACUACCUCGAAAGGCAGCUGGUACCGGCACUAGUGCGGUUGUUCGAACCAAUUCUUGGGGAGGCCGGGGCGAACUCGGCGUUUUCGAGUGAGUCCUCGAGGGGCGUUGGGGGCCACUUUCGAUGGAGAGUCGUCUACCAGGCGGAGCUUGGACGUCUGCGCUCCCUGGAGGCGCGUUUCGCCAGACUUUGGGUCCAGUGUCAGCGCUGCCAAGGCAGCCUCCACGAAGACGUCGUCUGUACUUGUGCCGAUUGCCCAGUCUUCUUGAUGCGGAGCCAGGUGCAAAUCGACUUGGACGAACACGUGGAUCGUGUCCAACGCUUCGGCGACCCAUCGUGGUAG